AUGACACAUGUACCAAUAGAUUUAGAUACAAUAGACUGGGAACCUUUCUUAGCCUCCCAAAAUGGAGGUUCAAGAUUAAUAGAAGGAAGUCGUUAUUUUCAAGGAACGAAUUAUCAAAGAGGAUUUGGUUUAUUAGGAUCUGUUGGUAGGUUUCUAAUGCCAAUCGUCAAAAAUUUAGCCACAAGCGCAGGACAAGAGGCAGUUAAUGUUGGAAAAAAUAUCCUUGAAGAUGUCUCACAAGGCCGAUCCGUUAGCGAGGCAAUGAAGCAACAUGGAAGCGAAGGGCUUCAAAAAGUAGGAAAAAAGCUUCAACAAUGCGGAAAAGGCAAAAGAAAACGUAAACAAACUAUUAUUAGCAAAAAUUUAGGGAAAAAAGGCCGACGCCAUAGGGAUCAACUUAGUUUAGAAAAUUUCUGA